CUCUCCCUUGAUCUCAACCAUCAGCUGCAAAGAACAACCAGCUCCUUUCAGAGAUUCAGAGAUCAGAGCCUAGCCAGUAGCAAAUAACCACCAUGGUUGUUCCGGUGAUCGACUUCUCCAAGCUGGACGGCGCCGAGAGGGCCGAGACCAUGGCGCAGAUCGCCGACGGCUGCGAGAACUGGGGCUUCUUCCAGCUGGUGAACCACGGCAUCCCACUGGAGCUCCUCGAUCGCGUCAAGAAGGUGUGCUCCGAGAGCUACCGUCUCCGGGAGGCCGCGUUCCGGCAGUCGGAGCCGGUGCGGACGCUGGAGGCGCUGGUGGAGGCGGAGCGGCGCGGCGAGGGGGUGGCGCCGGUGGACGACAUGGACUGGGAGGACAUCUUCUACCUCCACGACGACAACCAGUGGCCGUCCGACCCGCCGGCGUUCAAGGAGACCAUGCGCGAGUACCGCGCCGAGCUCAAGAAACUGGCGGAGCGGGUCAUGGAGGCCAUGGACGAGAACCUCGGCCUGGACAAGGGCCGCAUGAAGGCGGCCUUCACCUGCGACGGCAUCCACGCGCCGACCUUCGGCACCAAGGUGAGCCACUACCCGCCGUGCCCGCGCCCGGACCUCGUCACGGGCCUCCGCGCGCACACCGACGCCGGCGGCGUCAUCCUGCUCUUCCAGGACGACAAAGUCGGCGGCCUGGAGGUGCUCAAGGACGGCGAGUGGCUGGACGUGCAGCCGCUGGCCGACGCCAUCGUGGUGAACACGGGCGACCAGGUGGAGGUGCUCAGCAACGGGCGGUACCGCAGCGCGUGGCACCGCGUCCUGCCCAUGCGCAACGGCAACCGCCGCUCCAUCGCGUCCUUCUACAACCCGGCGUUCGAGGCAGCCAUCUCGCCGGCCGUGGCCGAGGGCGGCGCCGCCGCGUCGUACCCGGAGUUCGUGUUCGGGGACUACAUGGACGUGUACAGCAAGCACAAGUUCGAGGCCAAGGAGCCGAGGUUCGAGGCCGUCGUCAAGGCGCCAAAGACAGCUCAAGCUUAAACAUGGAAAUUAAAGGAACUAUUCAUGUACUAGUAGCUUGAUCUUUGGGUGAGUUUUUGUGUUACAAUGAAGAAAAAUAUUUACUAUAUUUUUCGAGAUUACUAUUCAGGAUUGUUAGCAAUGUGAUGUGGGGAUUGUUCGGUGUUUAAUUAAAGAAAGGAAUGUUGAAUUUUCGUCA